GAAUUAUUUAAUUUUUCUUGUUUUAUGGCACAACUGAAAAAAUUUAAAAAGGAAAUUUCUCAUAAAAAUUAGAAAACGCUUUACAAAUAGACGAGGUUUAAUUUAUGUAUCAUACAAAUCUUAAUAUUUUGCGUCUUUCUUGUCAACCAAUAAAUACUUCACGAAUUGUAUAGUGCAGAUAAUAAUUUGGAUAAAUUUAUCCAACCUCUUUUGUAUGAUAACUGCUUUCAUAUUAGACUACAGUAUUCCUAUAUUGAGAUAAAACCGUUAUUUGAAAGCUUUUUUAAAAAUAAGAUAAAAUCGUUAUUUUUAUUGAUUAGAUUAAAAACGUUAUUAUCGUUUUAUAAAUGUUCCACCAACAAAACUUGACGUUUAUCUUCUUUGUUGUUGAAGCGUUUUGGUACCUAUGUCCAGCUCCGAUUGCAAAAGACAUAUAUAUUUACAUAAUUCCCCCCGUUCGUUUUCUAAUUUUUCUCACCGGAAAAAAAAAAUUAGUCUUUCAAGUUCUCUAAAAAACUUGUAAAACCUAUCCAUCUGACGAACAAACGUUAGGGAAAAUCAAAGAAAGUGACAAAUUAUUAUUUGUUGGUACAAUUGAUUUGAGAAUUAUUAUAUAUUAUUAAUCACUGAAAUUUAUUACAAAAUGUACGGGGAUGGGCCGGUGUUCAAGGCAGAAGGAGCGUCGUUCCGGGAUCAACCGUACGGUAGAGAACUUCCUCAGGGACUAUGGACCACCGGUCUCUGUGAUUGUCACCUAGAUGGUCACAUUUGUGUUCAGACAGCUAUAAUGCCAUGCAUCUCCUUCGCUCAGAACACCGAGAUCGUAAACAGAGGAACCAUACCUUGCAUGGACGCAGGUUUGAUUCAUCUAGCGUUAGGGUUUGUGGGUUGCUGCUGGCUUUACGCAUUUCCAAACAGGUCAAGGCUUAGGGAACAUUUCGCAUUGCCUGAGGAACCAUGCGGUGACUUUUGGGUCCAUCUCUUUUGCACUUCUUGUGCUAUCUGCCAAGAAUCUAGAGAGCUCAAGAACCGUGGUGCCGAUCCUUCCAUCAGUUGGCUUUCGAAUGUAGAGAAAUGGAGCCGAGAGAAAGUAACUCCUCCCAUAGUUGUACCAGGCAUGAACCGCUGAAGAGUUUCAUGAUUGUAUCUUACGUUGUAUGAAUGUAUAUAUAGAUCUUGCUAGCUUAUGUUUUUUUUUCUCAGUUUUAGCUUAGGAAAAAAAGUGAAAUAAAAAAAAGAUGAAUGAUUCUGGAUUAUAAUGUUCACUAAGCUGAUAAAAGAUGAUUUAGAAGUCUGAGAAGAGCUAUGCUUUCCUUUGGGCCAUAACAGGGCUUAGUCCCUAGGACGGGCUAACCAUAGAGAGCUAACAGCUCUAAGCCGACAUAUAUAAUAGUCGUGGAUGACCAAAAAG